AUGCAAGUAUCUCCAGAGAGUUAGGUGCAAAACUAGGAGUCUUUCCUUCACAAGUGGGAUUCUACAGCUCGUCGCUAUUUCAAUCACUUUGAGAUCCACAAGUAGGCUACCAGAGAGGGACUCAGACGUGUCUUCCAGAAUAUUCUAACUAGUUUCAGAGAUCCCAUCCAAUAUCGCCAUCGUCUCUAAGAUAUUGAUGUCCUCACUUACAGGCAACUUCUAGGAGAUAUUUCUCACGAUGAAGUCCAUGAACUCCACUAAGUAUUCUGUCCAUACUCUACUGGCUACUGCUUUACUAAAGGGCUUAAGGAUCCAGCAUCACUUUUCGCAUGGAGAUCUAAUCAACUUGCUGCUGCAUGGUUAUUUGGAGCUGGAAUUGGAGUCUAUGCUAAAUUUGUAAAGAAGUACAAUAUUCUUUGGCUAGCUGCUGGUUUCAUCCCAAUGUGGGCACUUUUGUUAUAUAACGCUAGCAGAUAACCCCAAUAAUUGCUAGAAAAUUCUUAUAAGUAUUUACUUGCUAAGAGAGCUGCUACUUGUGAGCAUGAAAAAAAUUAAGCCAGAUUCAAUGAAAACGAAUUCACCAAGACUCCAGAGUUCUCGGCCCUCUAGCAAGCACUUAGAGAGAGAAAUAUUACUAUGUACGAACUCGAGAAUGAAUUAUUAAACAAAAUCGCAAGUGGUGAAUUAAGAGCAUGA